AAGCUGAGGAAGUAGUUGUAAGUCUAAGCUCGUUAGGUUCUAAAAAUGACAAAAUAACAGCGGUGCUCUCUGAUCUAUCGUCUUUUACCUCUUGCGACAACCACGACUGCAGUAGCCGCUGGAAGAAGAGACCACGACGCCAAGGGAAAAAACCGGUCUUAACGCCAACAUGUCAGCUUCGACGGACGGCAGUCGCAGUCGCCACGAAUCCGCAACAAGCUCUCCAGGAGUCGCGUUCCAGGUAAGAAAUUAGUAGACACGCUAUUACUACACCAAAGUGUUGUCUGUUUCAUGUUGCCGUUGCGUAUUGCACGGCAUCGAUCCUUUGAUCGAAGAUAACCCAAAAACAAAACUAGAAGAACUCCACAAUCACAGGCCCCCGCGUACCUUGACUCUCCCGAAAAUAAUGAGUUUUGCGCCGACCACCAGCAGCCGUCUGUGAUGAACUACAACCCGACAACGUCCUCGUCGUCGUUAUUAGCAGCGCCCUCAAGCAACGACGACUCCAGGCAGUUCAUGUCCUCUGCCUCCAGUGCUUUCGCGCAACAGUACCUCGUGUCUGCCGCAGACCUGCUGCAAACGCCGCCUAUCGACGCGAGCGGGAAAACCACGUCGUCAACAGUCCGAGGACCAAGUGACACGCCUCCUGGGACUUCUUUUAGUGCAACUGCAGAACCAGAAGCACAUCCCCAUACCGCUAUUGCUGCAACGAGACCCGCCGACGACCAAGACCAUCGGUUCUCGCCGUCUCCGCCCCGGGAAGACCUAGUAGCUCUCGAUAGCCUGCUGGAGCGCGAACACGAGGCUGGUUUAUUCAUGACUUCUCAUGACCUGGUCGGAAACGGAAUCAACAACAGGCUGGAUCAACAUGAACAAGCAGAUGACAGUCCGGUUAGACUCAGGCAGUGCGACUCUGCCGAAGACGAAAGUUCCGAUAGGACAACUAGAGCUACGGCCCAGCACGUCGUGAUGAAUAAAAAUCGAAGCCAAAACGACUACGAUUUGUUCAAAAUGGAGACGGAGCAUCCGACCAAUACCUGGGGACAGCUCUACUACCGAGAGCCGAAUGAAGAAGGAAGAACAGACAACCGCAGAAUAUUAUACGACCAAAGCCAACCUGGUCCUGGAGGAAACAAACACGCCGAUGAAAUACAUGCUGAAAAACAUUUGCUGCCUUCAGAUUUUCUCUCCGCGCUCCGUCCUGUCGAGCUGGGAGGGAAAGAACCGACGCAGCAGUUGACAUUGCGUGAAAAGAAUGUCGUGAGACAGGACCAGUUAGACAUAAGAACUACAACCCAGGAGGCGGAACUGCACAUGGAUCCUUCGCCCUAUGCUUCCUGUGGCGAAGACGACGAGGAGACCGCUUGUGAUCAUGCCGGUGGAAAUAUGUUGAGCCAGGCGACUAAUGAUCGAGAGGAAAUUUUCGUCGAGCCAGGGCAUGGGGAAGAAGAUGGUGGAGAAAGAACUACUCCGCCGGCAGAUGAUAGCCAGUCUGAGUAUCAAGCUGCUGCUGAUGCAAGUACAAGCAACACUAGUACAGCCACUCCGUUGUUCCCGAUACAACAACUUGCUGCACCUCAUCAAAUAACCACCCCCACCGCCGGGAGCUGCAGUAGUUCCACUUCCAGUCUGGCGCGCGCUGCAGUUCUAGCAACACAAACGAUGCAGCACCAUUUAAACAUGUGUUUGAAGUACGUAGCUCUCUUGUACCACAACCUAGAACAGAAGCAGCUACUCGCCAUCGACUUGCACAGCGGGGAGCAGGAGGAGGUCCAAGAAGGACAGCUUGUUGUCUCAAGAACAGCUUCGGGGGGUCGAAGGGCGGUUGGAGGGGCACCGUCUGAGGACUCAUCUAAUAACACGACCUCGUUUUCUUCGAGCUCCACGCCAGGGCACCAGCCGCUAGUAUCAAACUCAGAUCAUGUACAACAACAACCAGACGGUCAGAAGAACGCAGAGCCAGAGGCUAGUACAGCAACUCCCCCGCGGGCGGGGCCGUCAGGACGAGACCUCCACCAGCCAGUAUGACACCCUCAGAAUGGAAAUCCUCAAAGUGGAAAUAAUUUGUGAUGCAUGAAAUGCGAGACGAAAAAGACUGUACUGCAGAGAACGCAAUGGAGGCCGACUGUUGUGCUUCUACGGGUUCAGAAUUGGGCUGCUGAUUAGCAUGAGAGAACGGCACCCCUUUGCCUAACUAGCAUGACAGACACGCUUUGAGUGCCCGGUAAAUUUGUCAUGCGCCGACUACAAAUGGUGCUCCAACAGGAGUCGUUUUUUUGCAUUACAAAUUAUUUUCACGUUGAGGAUUUCCAACCUGAGGCUUUCACAGCCAGACUUGACCGCAGACUCGCAGUACCUGACCGCCGUGAUGCUGAAUUCCAGCUAUGGAUUGCAAAAAUGUCUGGGUCUGGAAGUAGAUUGCAACUUGUCAUGGAAAAUCUGAAGCAUGCAAAAAUCUGUGUUGCAUGAGUGCCAAAGAAAAGCUGUCCCCUUUUGACCAAGUUAACAAGGGAGUUUCUCAUGCGGGACAGGCAUGGCAGAGACCACCUCGCAGAGUCUGUCAUGCUAAGUCCCGCAUUCCAGACCUCAUGGGUCAUGGAAAAUCUGCAUGACAAGUCUAAAACUUUUCCAGGAGACCCACACACUUUUGCACUUGAUACCAGCCUGCUGAAAGCCAUGCACGUGGUGGAGACGUUUCAAAACCACGCACUGAGUCUCCAUUCUUCCUCUUUGGAGGGCAGAACGAGCACACGACUUGUCGACGACGACUACGUGUCGUUUGACGGCACGCUGACGACAAUCUACGAAGGCGAAGAUCCCGAGACGGCCCGGGCCUGCUCGAAAAUCAUGUCGACCCUGCUCAAUGGAGCAACGAGUUCGCCGGAAAUGGAAAAUCCUGGAACAAGUUCAUCUUCUGCGACGAAUCGUGGUUGCGAAUUUCACGAAGCAGCAGGCGGGAAGGAGCGAGUUGGAGAUGAUGUAAGUGCCUCUGCACCAUCUUCCGCGCAGGUUGGUGGAUCCGGUGAUACGACGUCUUCCUCGACCUCCUCCUCUUCGACAGGUGCGGCUGGUGCUGUUGAACAAGUUGCAAAUAUCCAAUCAGCAGGUGGGCCGCAUCACCUCCAACAACGCCCCAACCAGUUGUCUACCGUGGCAAGCAUGGGGCCGCAAAAAAUGUCUUUCCGGGAGAAGGUUCGCGCCACGGAGAAUCUACACGAAAUGAUCCAGACACUCACGCAGCAACAGAUUCGGUGGAAGCAGGAAGUGAAAAGUCUCGAGGCAAAGAAAGAGACUUUAGAGGAGGAGCUCAAAGCGAGUAAAAAUCGUUCUACUUUAAUUCGCGGCUUGUUGUCUUCGUCUCAGGACUUUUUGCAUUUAGGACGUCGAACAGACUACUUACAUUGAUCAGCAUUUUUUAGGGCCACGACGAGUCACACCCAAACGAUAUAUUGAGUGCAAUCAUUUCAUCUAAAGAGGAAGCACAACGUAGAUCCAACAUUGCAACUGCAGGUCGCGAAGACGAGAAGACCGGCGAUGAGGAGCACAUGGUGCGGGUCAUCAAAGUGGUCGAAGACCUCACGGAGGCCGUCGAGGUGCAGAAAAACCUCACCAAUGACGCGGAGCAGCGCGCGUCAGAGGCGGUCACGCACCGCGUCCAACUGGAGAGCAUGGUCGCCAAAAUCUCCGCCGCGCUCGGGGAAGGACGCGAUCUCGUGGGCGAGUAGAAUUUCGAUAUAUUUUCGUGUUGACGUAAGUGUGGUUUUUUGUCGUAUACUACCUUUGUUCCGCUUCUAAUCAGAAUGCCACCAGACUGAGUAUAAUACUACACGACCACAAGCGUGCGAUUGCCUGAUUUUGUUUUCCUACCAAAUGCAAUUGCGAAUCAUUAUCAUUUGAUGAUCAUUCUCGUGCCAUGUAGUGGUGACAUCCUUACUUAUCCACACGACGACCAGGCUCCCGAGCGUUUCUCCCGAAGAGGGAAUCCGCAAGCUCGUCUGCGCGCUUCGCGGAGAGCGGAAUCAAGCUAGCAGGACAACUUCAAAUACAACGACCCCACAACCUCCGCCACCGGCGUAUAAUCUUCAGCAAGCAGGUGUUAGCGCGGCUAGUACUGGUGCGCCGGGUAAUAUGGUUGACCGGGUCGUGGAUCAUGCUGGUACCACCAGCGCAUCUUCAUCUUCAUCAUCGCGUGCUCCUGACAACAUUGACAAGAUCCGCCUUCAGGAGCUGGAGCAGCGCUACGAUUUGCUGAGUCAGAAGUACACACAGUUGCUAAAGAAGAAAGGGAUGCAAGUGCACAGCAAUUAUACAACUGGCGGGGGAUCGACGUCAAGCUCCUCCGGCGCUUUCAUGUCAAACGCCCACGGCCAUAACAAACAACCCCGUGGUGCUGGUGGUCCUACUUCGCACAUCACCGCCACGUCUGGCUCUGGGGGAACAUUCGGAACCGGAGCAAGCAAAAAUCCAUCGACUAGCGUUCUGUCAGAAGGCCGGUCGUCCGGCGCCGGAAGCAGCUUUUUUGGACUCACGGCCACGCCAAAAGGUGCUGGCGCAGCAGCAGGGGACGAGAUGAGAGGUGAACAUCAAGUAGACCCGAAGUCCUUCAAUCCAGCGCUGCGCAGCACUCCAGCCGGCAAUUCCGAUGCACCGUCGCAGGUGUCGACCACGUCAACAAGCGGAGCAGGUCCUGCGCCGAUGGACCUCAACCGAAUUUUUGCCAACGCCUACGCGCAGCAUAACCGACGGCCGCCUGCGCAGCCGCGGUCGCGAAGUCGAGGAGCAGUUGGGGGUGGAACCACGGAGAGGAGAAGAGCUGGAGUGCCCCCGACAGCUGGUGCUAGAGGAACGGGAACAACUGCUACCAGAUUGACAUCUUCAGUCAGCGAUGCUGGUGUGCCUGCCACUGCACAAGAACAGCCUCGACGUGCUGUGCCUUUGGUGCGACCUGCUGUACUAGAGAAGGAAUCUGCAGCAAAUGAUAGCGCGGGAGGCACAGAAACCGCCCAGCAGCAGAGCAACUGCGAGAGCGCUCCAGCACAGGCCACAGCCAGCACCUCUUCGCCUAGCGUUGUUCCUGUAGGACAGAUACCCAGUGCAGAAAAGACUCCGAAUCUAGAAGCUGUAUCGCUGGAAAAUGCACCGGCAGCGUCCAGUACACCAUCGGGGAAAGGGACUACGAAGAGUGCAGCUGCCUUCAUCGCGGGUGAGCCGGUAGUUGUUACGACAACCACGAAUGGAGUUGGCCUUUCGAGCUCAAGCUCGCUGCCAGCCUCGGCCACAAAACUACAAGUACAACCUCCAGGCGAAAUAAAACAUCAACCGCGCACGCCAACAAGUGCAACCGCGAGUACAAGCAGGAGGGACUCGCUUCCUCAAAGCCACCAGCGAGUUGUAGGUGGAGCAGUAGCUCCUGCCGCCCAGGGAGCAGGUAGACAGCAGCAGCAGCUUCAGCCUACUCCUGAACUGAUAGCCGAACACCAGGACCACCUCGUCAACGUGAGCCGUAGUUCGUUGGACAAUUUUCCUCACCUGCCCACGAGAAACGUCCGCGCGAUAAACUCCCUCCCGAUGACGACAGUUCUUCACGGACCAACCACGAAGAUGAGAGCAGCUACAUCUACUUCCGGGUCCGCGAAACGCACCCGCAGUCCGAUCAACGGGGGCAGGUUUUCCAGCGAUCUUUCGUCUGAGGAAAUCGCCCAAAUGGCCCGCGCCGCAGCGAAAGACCCCGCAGGCUUUCUGGCGCGACUGCAAAGCACUUCUAACCGAAGUCCGGACGGGAGUCGGAGGGGCAGUUUGGGCGGCGGUGGGGGAUUGGAACAAGACGGGCAGCGGGUCGUGAGCGGAGGUACUAUCGGCCCGACCGCCGGCUCCAUAAUCCGCAAUCGGAGUCCGGACGCAACGCAUCUGCUGCGAAAAAAGGCGAUGGGUGGGACCAUCCCGUUUCGGUAGUAGUUGUAGUACGCCCUUCGUUUUCAUAUUCCAGGAAACACGCGCCUCUACUUCGAUUUGAACUGAACACACUGCAUCCGCUCCUGCGAAAAAAAGCAUGUCCCAGAAAGAACAUAAACUACGUAAGAAAAGAAAAUCCGGAGUUGUAAGUACUUCUGAUGCGCGAAGAUUAGGAUCGCGCAUGGGAAACAACACUUAUAGCCCAAGGAUGCACGACGUUUGUCCUUUAUUUGCUCGCAGUAAGACGCAGCCCGAUCUGUGGUUUCUUGCUGCGAUUUUGUCGGUUGAGGCAGCACUGCUCGUCGGUACUAGGAAUUUUUUUUCCUGAGCGGUCCAUCGAGUGGGGUAUGAGCAGCAGUAGAGAUGUAC